AUGUCAUUCAAAACUGUUUCCGUUCUAUGCCUCCAGGCUUUAUUAAUUCAGUAUGCAUUAAGUCAAAUAACCACAACAGGAACGGGUAUAAGCAGAAUCGGCCUUAGCAACGCUGAAAUUAGUAGAAUAGGACUGAACAACGCUGGAAUCAACAGUAUUGGCCUUAACAACGCUGGAAUUAGUAGUGUUGGCCUUAACAACGCUGGAAUUAGCAGUGUUGGCCUAAACAACGCUGGAAUUAACAGCAUCGGUCUUAACAACGCUGGCUUGGUGACCGCUGGUCUUGGAAAUAACGUAAUCAAUGCAGGAUAUGGCGUUGGCGUGCAAAACGUGGCUGCUAACGCAGCCGUACCAGUCACCGGCCCGUUCACCGCCACUGGCAACGCUGAGCUCGCUGUGGGUGGAGAGUUCAACGCAGGUGGUACAGCCGUAAUCGGUGGUCAAAUUCCAGUUCUUGGUGCGGUCUCCUUCACUGGCCAAAUACCCGCCAGUGGAGUCGUCUCCAUUGCUGGCAACUGUGCAUGCAAUAGCUUACCAUUGUAA